UAUUAUCACUUGCUUUGCUUUGGCUGUGUUCGGAAAAACGCUAGAUAUUGAAAACCUAUAUUCAGAAAUAAGAAGAAAUAUAGGUACUGUUUGUCUUUAACUGUAAAUAAAGAAUAUAUUGACAUCUUACAGAGUACAAAAUGAUUCAUUUUAAAGAUAAUAAAAACAAAUCUGCUUUGAGCACAAGAUGGGCGCAAAUGUCAAAGCAAGAACAAAUUAUAGAAAAGAAGAAAAUGGAAAUCCAAGCAAAACUGGAGGCUCAAAAGCAGGCGGCUGCACUUGCCGCCCAAGCUAAGCUUUCCAAUCCAAAGACUCAAGAUGAUAAAGGAAAUAUUUUUUCAAAUGAUGGAAGCUUCAUGAGUCAAUUUAAAGCCCUUUUGGAGAAACAAAAAAAGGAGAAUUCUGAAGAACAGGGUACAGAGAAAGUGGCUGCUGAGGGCAAGAAACGGGAUCUGAAAGUUAAGUCAGAAGAUGUAGCUCAAGAUCGGUAUGAUGAAGGACAUUCUGAUCACAAUGAUGAUAGGAGACGUUCUGGAGAUAGGGGUAACAGGAAUAGACAUCAUAGAUGGGGGGAAAGAAGCAGAAACCGACCCCAUAGUCCCAUGACACCUGUAGUUGAGGAUAGAAGGAAAUCAGUUGAUAACAAAAUCAUACCACCUCUUAUGCAAAUUCCAAUUUGCCCUCCUGAAGAUCAGAAUUCAGACUCUGGCCAACAAUGGCAGGGAGAAAACUCUGAAGAUGCUGAUUCCAAUUCAGAACCUCCACCUAGUGUGAUGAUGCCGCCCAUGAUGGGACCUGGACCUAUGGGACCAGGUCAAAUGGGACCUAUGGGAUCAGGGCCUAUGGGCCCCAUAGGAUCCGGACCUAUGGGGCCCAUGGGAUCUGGACCGAUGGGCCCUGGUCCAAUGGGACCUGGGCAUAUGGGGCCGGGUCCAAUGGGUCCUGGCCCAAUGGGCCCUGGUCCGAUGGGCCCAAGUCAAUUGGGUUCUGGACCAAUGGGACCUGGACCCAUGGGACCGGGGCCAAUGGGCCCUGGUCAUAUGGGACCUAGACCUAUGGGUCCUGGUUCCCACAUAGGCCCUAGACCUAAUAUGGGACCUGGUCCAAUGCCGCCGUUUAUGGGUCCACCAAAUUUUCCAAUGCCCCCUAAUUUCAUGGGUCCCAAUGGUCCUGGUGGGCCUUGCGGCCCGGGUCCCAUGCCUCCGAACAUGUGCGGCCCAGGUGGGCCUAAUAUGUCCGGGCCAGGGCCAAAUGGUCCUCCAUUCUUUAGGCCGCCUUUCCCAAACUCGCCUAUGAUGGGCCCUCCAAAUUCCAUGAUGCCAAAUAACAACUGUAAUAUGCCUUUUAUGGGACCUCGUCCGCCUUUUGGUCCUAAUGGACCCAACUUUGGUCCAAAUGGUCCCAACGAGAAUAGGCCCAAUAUGCCUUUUAUGCCUCCCAAUUCAAACAAUAUGUCACUCCACUCAAUUCCUGAACCGAAGCCAUUAGAUGCUGGGAAUAUACAGCCCCCUGAGCCAAUGAAACUUCAAAACAUUGCACCUCCAAUGCCUCUUCCCCUAAACAAUAUUCCGAAACCUAAAGACAUGGACCCGGGAGCCAUUCCUGUACCAUCAAAUUCUUCACAAGUUCUAUCUCCAGAUAUCCCGCCGGCAAUCCAGCGAGCAGCCAGCGAGGUCGCCACCAACGGCGACCAUUGGGAAAAUGUGCUGAAAACCAUACACUCACAAGACCAAAAUAUGUGGUUUCUACAUAAUACGAACUCCAAUGAAUAUAAGGCGUUUAGGGAGUUAGUGCAGAAGAUGAGGGUAGAAGGAGAAAGGAAACCUGUAGUGAAACCGGAAGACAAGUAUGAACCUGAGUUCUCAUUGGAGGAUGACGAUAGCAGCGACAGCAGACCUUAUUUUAAAGAAGAGAAGAGUCAUAGCUACAGUAGCGAUUCAAAAAGCCAGCCGAGCUGGAGUAUGCACGGCGUAAAGCGUGAGCAGGCAAGCUCCCAGAGCGAUGAGGAACCGGAAGUGAAGAGAGAGAGGAGACGCAAGAAGAAGUCCAGAUGGGGAGACGAUCCGCCCGCUGAUAUCAAACCACCUGGACUGGUAUUGGCACCGCCGCCACCACCACCUGCAAUUACACCAGGUGUUCAACUAGCUAAAAUAGAUGAGGAUGGUCUUAAACUGACCACAGUGAACCGCAAUAACCAUGCGUUGAUGCAGUACGCUAUGACCAACUACGGUACAACCAAUCUGAGCCCUGAGGACUGGAAGAAGUGCGAAGACAACUUUAAACUCAAUCUUUUGUAUCAGGACAUGCUGAAGAAACGCCAAGAGGUGGAGAGAUUGGCUCACGCCGGCAAACACAAGUACGAGUAUGACAGCGACGAGGAUACCGCCGAGGGGACCUGGGAACAUAAGUUACGUGCUAAAGAGAUGACAGCCACAGAACGUUGGGCCACAGAGCUCACCAAACAGGCGGCCGGCAAACAUCACAUCGGUGACUUCUUACCGCCUGAAGAGCUUAAAAAAUUCAUGGAAAAGUAUUCUGCGGUGAAAAGCGGAAAGGAACCAGAUUUGAGCGACUAUAAAGAGUUCAAACUGAAGGAGGACAAUGUUGGUUUCAAAAUGCUGCAGAAGUUGGGUUGGAACGAAGGCCAGGGUCUUGGAGCUGAGGGCACCGGUAUUGUUGAACCAAUAAAUAAAGCUAACCAACCAGUAGCUAAUCUAGGCCUGGGGGCGUCCACUUCAGACGUGGUGGCUCCUGACGAUGACGAGUUCGACGCUUACAGGAAACGCAUGAUGCUGGCGUACAGAUUCAGACCUAACCCAUUGAAUAAUCCGAGACGGCCAUACUAUUAGGAAAAGUGUCAGUAAUUUAAUUUAAAAGGACAUUAGUAGCUUAAUCUCGCAAAAAUGUGAUUGUUAUUCUUCAUAGGGAAUAAAAAUCACUUAUUUUAAAUACCCCGCUGUAAAACUGGGACAUUUUCAAUACUCAUUGUAUUGUAAAUUUUUUGUAUGAAGGCUGCUUAUUUGUAAUAAUAUUAUGAUAGUAAUUAGGUCCAUUUGUAACAUAGUAGUAAGAUAAUGUUCAACAAGUUUUUAACUAGUGGCAAGUUUAGGCGAAUUUAUGUCAUAAUUUCAGCUGUAGGACGUCUACUGCGUGCAGAUUACGGAUUAACAUAAGUAUUCCAAUAUUAUUUUCAUACACCAAAGAACGAAAAGUUAUGAAAUAUUUUAUGGACUAGAUAAUCAAAAGCAUAAUUAUAACGCUCUUCAAAAGGGACAUAGAAUUAAAACAAAUCGAAACGCUCUUCAAAAUUAGGGUUCGUGUCCAUUUUGAUGAGCGAUGAAGGGAUCAUUUGAUCUAUAAAGAUCGUAUACAUAUGCCUUAUUUAGUCCGAAAUUCAUAAAAACUUAUAAAAUUUUUAUGUCAUAGUUCUAUGAUUUAUUCUUGAUACAUACAUACAUACAUACAUAUGGUCACGUCUAUAUCCCUUGCGGGGUAGACAGAGCCAACAGUCUUGAAAAGACUGAAUGGCCACGUUCAGCUAUUUGGCUAUUUAACUUUAUUCUUGAUAAUUGAAAAUAAUAUUUGAAAAAAAAGUUGUGUGAAUAUCUACUUCAGUAUUUUAUUUUAAAAUUCAGUGCGUAAAUAAGAGUCCAUUUUACUCUUGGAAAUACUUCUAAGUGUUCAUAUUGAAUUUUAAUUAGAAGGAAUUGUUUUAGCUAUGGUUAAUUGUUGUUUUUAGAUUAUGUAACUUUAAACUGAAGUUUGUACUUCCAUUAUAUUCGUAGGUGUAUGGUGUAACGGCAUAACUGUAUGUUAAAUAUAAAAUAAACAUUUUACAUUUAAA